AUGCCCACGAUAGCAAUAGCAGGCGCAUCCGGCAAACUCGGCGGCGCAACGCUCUCCGCGCUGCUCGCGCACAACCUCAUCCCCGCAUCCUCCAUCAUCGCACUAACUUCCUCCCACCCCGGCUCAUCUACAUUCACCGCCCUAGCCGCCACCGCCCCGGGGCUCCAAGUCCGCCACGCCAGCUUCGAGGACCCCGCGUCGUUCGAGCAGGCGCUCCGCGGCGUAGAUCGUUCAGGGGGAGGAGAAGACGACAACGACGACGGCAGUGGCAAGAAUAAGAAGAGAAAGAAGUGGGUAGAGGUAUCUGACGGCGACGGCCGCGAGCGCCACCACCGCGUUGCUAUCAAUGCGGCCGUGAAAGCUGGUGUUAGGUGUAUAUACUACUCAAGCCUAGCAUUCGCGUAUUCGCCACAGACCAGAUCCGGCACGAGCACCAGCAAAGCGGCCGUUAUGCGCGCGCAUCUGCGCACGGAGGCGUAUCUGACGCGGCUGCGCGACGGGAAACAACUCGACAGCGUGACGGUUCUGCGCGAGGGCUUGUACGCCGAGUCCUGGCCGCUGUAUCUGGGGUACUUUGCGGCGGACGGCGCGGACCCCCGGCGCGAGGUGCUGCUCGCGGGCGACGGGAAGGUCAGUUGGACGGCGAUCCGGGAUUUGGGGAUCGCGAGCGCGGUGGUUCUUGCGGCGGAGGGGGGGUCUGAGUUUGAUAAUGGCUUGUUUUACUUGUCUACGCGGGCUAGGACGGCGAUGGAUAUGGCUGAGGUGGCGGGGCUGGUGGGUGCAGCGAGGGGGGGGAAGGAGGAGGAGGAGGUAGGGUUGGAUGAGGCGGCGGUUCGGUGGUGGGCUAGUACGUAUGAGGCGUUGGAGGAGGGGGAGUGCGAGGUUGAUGAUGGGAUGUUGGAGGAGCUGUUGGGGCGGGUGGGGGUGAAGCCGGAGGGGAUGGAGGAGGUUGUUAGGAGGAUGGUUAAGGGGUAG